AUGGCUACUCGCACAACCGCUGUCACGCCGGCCAUUCUAGUCCCGGGCCAAAGGACCUACCAUGGCCUCAAAGUCAACGGCAGCAGGAUGCUCGAGACGCUGCACAAGACCUGCGACUUUGGCAAGGCGUAUCCAUGGGGCGAACUCGCCACAGAAACCGGCAUGGCUCGACUAUCCCUCAACGACGACGACAAAAAGGUUCGCGACUGGCUGCUCGCCGAGGCUGAAACUCUCGGCUGCACCGUGACCGUCGACCAGAUGGGCAACAUGUUCGUCGUCAGGCCGGGAAGGUCCAAGGACGCGGCGCCGGUCAUGAUGGGAUCGCAUCUCGACACGCAGCCGACCGGUGGGCGCUAUGACGGCAUCCUCGGCGUCAUGGCCGGACUUGAGGUGCUGAGGACGCUCGAGGAUAACAAAUGGGAGACUGAAGGACCGGUUGGUCUGGUGAAUUGGACAAACGAAGAAGGCGCCCGCUUCCCCAUAGUCACCGUCGCCUCCGCCGUCUGGGCUGGCGCCAUCCCCCUUGAGACCGCAUGGGCACUCGCCGAGGUCUCCCCCCCCGCCGGUCCUCCGCAAACCAUGAAGCAGGAGCUCGCCCGCAUCGGGUACCUCGGCGCCACGCCCGCCUCGCACGCCUCCUUCCCAAUCGCCGCGCACUUCGAGCUCCACAUCGAGCAGGGACCCGUGCUCGAGGACGCCGGCCGGACGAUCGGCGUCGUCACCGGCGCGCAGGCGCACAGCUGGUUCGAGGUGGUCGUGUCGGGCAGCGACAGCCACGCAGGCACGACGCCACUGGGCGCACGGCAGGAUGCCGUGCUGGCCGCGGCCCGGAUGAUCGUCGCGUCGAACGAGGUUGCGAAGCAGCAUCAGGGGCUGAUCACGACGGGCAUCGUGGGUGGGGUACCUGGGAGCGUCAACACGGUGCCGCACACGGCUAGGUUCACGCUCGACGUGAGGCACGCUAGUGACGUGACGGUGGUCGAGAUGGUCGGGCAGUGUCGCGCGCGGUUCGAGGAGAUUGCAAGGGGCGAGUCGGAGAGGGGCGUCGAGGUCUCGUGGAGGACCCUGACGGAGAAUAAGGCUGUUAUGUUCCACGAGCAUUGCAUCAGGGCCGUCGAGGAGGCUGCCGAGGAAUACUGCUCGCAACAGCUCCCCGAUCACAGAAAGGCAGCGGAGAGCAGGAGAUGGCAGCAUAUCACGAGCGGAGCUGGCCAUGACUCUUGCCAAGUGAGCAAGAUCUGUCCCGCUGCCAUGAUCUUCACGCCGACGAGGAAGGGGAGAAGCCACACGCCGGACGAGUACUGCCCGCCGGAGGAUUGCGUCGCUGGAGCGCAGGUAUUGCUUGGGGCUGUUUUGCGAUAUGAUGCGUCACGGAAACUAUGA